GGUGCUGUUGAUCUCAUGAGCUUCAACACGAUAUAUUUAAUGCUGAUGAGGGUCAGAAUGGCUCCUCUUCUUCCUCUGGUCUUUCUGCUCGUGAUUCACGGGGUUUCUAGUGCUGAUUGGGGUGUGAGUUACAGUCCUCCACACAUCUGUGCAGUAAACGACUCAACAGUGAUAAUGAACUGCACUUAUACAUACCCUACUGGAUAUAAGAUCGAGAAAGUGUUCUGGACCAAAGGCCCUGUAAUAUCGGGUGUUGAGCUUCUAGAUCUGUCUAAUGACACUGAAUACAGUCAGAGGCUUCAGUAUCUGGGAGAUAAACAGCAGGACUGCACCGUCAGACUGAGUCAUGUGACACUGAAGGAUUCACACAUGUACUAUUUCAAAUUCAUCACUAAUAUAACAGAAGGAAGAUGGAUUGGUAAACCAGGAGUGACUCUUAAUGUCACAGAUCUUCAGGUGGAGUCUCCUGAGAGAGUGACAGAGGGAGAUUCAGUCAGUCUGACAUGUAAAAGCAGCUGCGCUCUGACUGACAGAGCAACAUUCAUCUGGUACAGAAACUCACUGAAGAUAUUAACUGAGAGUAAAUUCAGGAACACACUCAUCCUCAAUCCAGUCAGAAGAGAGGAUUUAGGCAGAUAUAGCUGUGCUGUAGACGGACACACACACGUCUCUCCUGAUGUUCACCUCAAUGUCAUGUAUCCUCCAGUGAAUCCUGUGAUCUCCGUCAGUCCAUCUGGUGUAAUAGUGGAGGGAGAUUCAGUGACUCUGAACUGCAUCAGUGACUCAAAUCCUCCUGCUGUGAACUUCAGCUGGUUUAAAGGAGGAACGAUUGUAGGAUCUGGAAGAAUCUUCAGCAUCUCAAAGAUCAGAUCUGAUGACAGUGGAGAAUACAAGUGCAAGUCCAUCAAUGAACAUGGAGAGAAAUACUCUGAUACUGUGACUUUAAACAUCAUGUUCUUACUAAAAGGAUGAACAGAAGAUCUGCUAUGAAGGAGAUCUCUGAUCCCAAUGAAGACACAUAUACAGCUCUUGACCUCAAGUCCACGACCUCUGACCUGUACGACACACUCGCAACCGUUGAUCGCAGACGUCCUGAAGACUCUUGAUCCUCAACAUGAGAAUCCAUCAAUCAACAGGAAGAAGCUGCAGAGAGAGGCGGAGCACAAAUGAACCAAUCCUGAGCUCUGUGGGCGGAGCCUAAGAUGAUUGAUUUUAUUCUAUGUACAAUGGAAAAUGUAUCAGGUUUUUGUUUUUGUUUUUUGCUCUCAAAGUGCUCAAUAUUAUAAGCUUCUGUCAUUAUAUGUUCCUGUAACUCUCCCUUUAAAUGUUCAAUUGUAUCUGUGAUCAUCUCAUAUUUGCUUUUACUAACCUUAUGAGCGCAUCGAUACUGUAGUGUUGAUAUAGCGAUACUCACAAGCUACUUUUUUGGUAUUGAUUGCAUUAAAAAAUAUAAAUAAUUAAAAUUAUAUUACAAAACACGGGUUUCUGCAUUAAUUUUACUUGUUUUCAAUACUUUUUCAUGUUAAUGAAUGUGAUUUACCUUUAAAGUCAUCAUGAAACGGA